AUGCGGAGCAACCCCGCGCUCAGCGCCAGCCACGCUGCCUCAGACCCCGGCUUUGCGAGGGCGCAGCGAGCCCUGCUGCGGCAGAGCCGCCAGCAGCAGGGCACGCUGGGGGAGGCGCUCAGGGCGCAGGAGCUGUAUGACCAGCCCGAGGAGCCUGUGAACGAGGCGGGAGAUGUGGUGGAGCCUUUCCACCUGCGCCGGGAGCUGUCGGAAGGCUACUUUGACCCCGCCGGCACCUACAUCGAGUAUGGGCGUGCGGAGGAGCAGGAUGCCUGGCUGGACUCGAUUGACGACCGGGCGCAGGGCACCGAUCGCGGCACGGGCUGGCGCCUGCCGUACCCGAACGAGCCUGUGUCUGAGCCGCCGCCGCUGACGCCGCGCCAGCUGGAGCCGUACCUGUCCCGCCUGCUGGGCCUGCUGCAGCCGGGGGAGACGGUGCCGGCGGCGCUGAGGCGGCUGGCGGGUGGCGGCCCCGUGCUGGAGAAGUUUGCCAGCAAGGAGGAGGCCCUCCGCUUCUUCCAGGAGCGAUGCCGCCGGGCAAUCACCAGGAAUUCCAGGAGCUCACAGGUGGGUGUGGGCCAGCAUCUUCAGUGCAACCUGGCGCAGGCGCAGGAGGCGGCUGAGGUGCUGUUUGACCACGGGCACAGCGGCGUGUACGCAUCCACCCGAGAGGAGCUGGGGCAGCGCCUGUCGGCGGCGCAGCAGGCGCAGCGCGCCCCGCCCGCUGCCGCGCCCCCUCCGCACGAAGCCGCCGCGGCGGCUGCAGAGUUCGGCAGGCCUCCACAGGCGGCAGCCGCGGUGGAGGGCCAGGGAGGCGGCACGGUGGCAGGGGGCUUGAGCUCAGCGGGCGGCGGGCGGCGCCACCACCACGUGCCGCCCGCGGCGUCGCCUGCCGCGGCGGCAGAGCCUCCUGUAUCCCCCGACAUUCCGUCUAUGCCCAGCGGGGAGCGCACCGCGGCCACCACCCGCGGCGGCGCCGGCGUGGCGGCGGCGGCCCACGGCUUUGCCGCGGAGCUGCCACGGGAUGUGCUGGAGGAGCGGCCCGCCAGCCUGGCGCCGCCCAAGGCGACUGCGGCGCAGGAGGUGGAGCUCGGCCUGGGGCUGCCCGCCGCCGCCCCCACCGCCCUGGAGCUUGACAGCCAGCACCGCGAGGCAGCGGCGGCUGCCACGGGGGACGCUGCCGCCGGCAGCGGGGACGAGCUGGAGAGGCUUCGUCUGGUGCAGCAGCUGCGCCAGCACCACGCGGCUGCCGUGCCAGAGGCGCAGGCUGCCCUCGAGGCGGCCCUGUAUGGCAGCUUUGCAGACAGGCUGCCGCAGGGGCAGGAGGCGGCUGCAGCUGCUGUGCUGGGCUAUCAGGCCGGCGAGCAGCUGGGCCGUGGCGCCCGAACCGGCGAGGCCCAAAGGGCUGCUGCAGCGGCCAGCGCCAGCCUGCCAGGCCCGGCGAGCAGGGUGCCUGGCCAGGCGGCGGGCGGCCACACGGCGGCCUCCGCCGCGGGCAACGUGGCGUUGCUGGCCGGCAUGGUGCAGCCGGCGGUGCGCGGCAGCGAGGCGGGGGCGGCCUUGGGUGGCAGGCUGAUCAGCGUGGGGCGCAUGCUCGGGGAGCAGGAGGCUCAGGAGAUGCACCCCAAGCGCGGCAGCACGCGGGUGCCAGCCCAGCAGGCACAGCAGCGGGUGGCAUGGGACAAUGAGGCCGCGAACCUGGCGGCGCCUCGGCGCCAGUCUGCCGAGCAGUGA